AUGGCCCUCGGUGUACCGCGGCCGGUCAGGCGGUACUCCGGGUGUUCCCACCGAGGGUUCGGUAGUCUCUGCUGAGGCCUCGGCGCCCUCCUUGGCAUGUGUGUGCUGUGAGCGGGGACAGGCCCGAGGUCAGGGGGAGCCUGGCAGAGGUUGUCGUGGGCUCUCCGCACAUCUGUGCCCGUCCUGAGGAGCGCAUCUUCCGGCAGGUCCAGUGUGAACGGUGCCUUGCACAGGGGGUGCUUGUGUGGAUGCCCCUGGCAGUGCCUGAGCAUGACCCCAAUGAAAUGGGCCAGUGAUGGUAAUGUGGCAUGCGGGGACCUGGGCGCACAGCUGCCCUCUCAUGAUGCCAGUGGACUGACCGCGGUGGGGUCCAUGACAAGUGUCUCCAUUCAUUGCUGAGGUGACACAACUGCUGCGCCUUCACAGGGCAGAAAAUCGGCUGAACAAGUGUUAAAACCUUCUCCCAAUAACUGCUUCAUGUGAACACAGCCACGAUCAGCCGAGAAGCAACAUCACUAUGGCGCCCUUUUCCACAAGCGAGUGGUACAUCGUGCAUGAGAUUUACAAUGGUGAAAAUGCCCAGGACCAGUUUGAAUAUGAACUGGAACAAGCCCUUGAAGCCCAGUACAAGUACAUAGUGAUCGAACCAACCCGCAUUGGAGACGAAACUGCCCGCUGGAUCACUGUGGGAAAUUGCCUGCACAAGACAGCAGUGCUCUCUGGUACAUUCUGCCUUCUCACCCCGUUAGUUUUGCCUUCAGAGUAUUCCCCCUACUUGUCUCUGCCGGCUGGUAUCCUUAGCUUGGCCUGCUCCACUCUUUAUGGAAUCUCCUGGCAGUUUGACCCUUGCUGUAAGUACCAGGUGGAGUAUGACGCCUAUAAGUUAUCCAGACUGCCACUACACACACUUACCUCCUCCACGCCGGUGGUGCUUGUAAGGAAGGACGACGUCCACAGGAAGAGACUACAUAACACAAUAGCUCUUGCUGCACUGGCGUAUUGCGUCAAGAAGCUGUGUGAGAUUUACGUUGUAUGAUUUCCACACAACGCUGAGGAUGCACCAACAACACUUUUUGUGGAAUUUGUUAGAGAUCGGAGAUUUCUUCAGAGGAGAUAAAAAGUCCUGGCCACUGUACUGGUUAUUGACAGCGCUUUAUACUAGGAGGGUGAGGACCUGCUGUCAGCUGCGUAUACCCAAGACACAAGCGCUAACACAACAUGGAAUAUACUCACAAAUGGCAUAUGAGGGAGGGGUUUCCUUUUUAACAUAGACACCUAAGUAUUUGUUGUACCAUACUUAACCAGCCAGAAGUCCUGUGACCAUUAAAAUAAUAAAAAGAACACUUGCUGGCUUACUUGCUUUCCUAUUGUGGACAAAAAAAAGAUUAAAGUAGAAAAUGUCGGACAAAG